AUGGCAAGCCAGAACUCCAACCCCAACGCAGACCCUGUCUUCUUCGGUGGCAUAGAAGUCGACAUCACCCAAUUCGAUUUCAGCGACCAUACUUCGAAGGUCAACAGUCUUACGAUAACAUGCGCAGUCUUCAUCGCUCUGGUGGUGUUGACUGUCGGUCUCCGCCUCUUCGCAAGAGCGAAAUACGUCGGCCAUAUCUUCAUAGACGAUUUCCUUAUCAUUUGCGCGGCCAUCUUCACUGUUGCUCUGGCUGCAGUGUGUAUCGCUGCGACCCAAUAUGGCCUCGGGCGACACAUUUGGCUCCUACCCAUGUUGACACUCUUCGACACUUUGAAGGACUGUAUAUUGUAUCUCUUCAUCUGCCAAAUCCUAUACGCCUUUGCUAUUGCGUUGACGAAGAUCGCCAUCAUAUCGUCGUACCUGCGUUUCAUCCACGACAAGACCUUCCGCAUCUGGAUGUACGCGAUAUCUGUGUGCAUCGUCGGUCUAUGGAUUUCGGGUAAGACAAGCCACAGUUACCGACACGUGACAUGUGCUGAAGUACUGUUAGGAAUCUUCGUCACCAUCUUCCAAUGCCGUCCGGUCCAAGGAGCGUGGGACUUCACCCUCGAACCAGUGUGCGUCGACUACGUCACCUAUCUAUACGCCAGCUCCGCCGUUAAUGUCGCGACGGAUCUCCUCCUUUGCGCGUUACCUAUACCUCAUAUUUGGAGGCUGAACAUGCCAAAAAGGCAACGAAUCGUUCUCUGUGUGCUACUGGCAGGAGGUGCAAGGUAUGUGUAG